UCUCCCGGGCUAGCGUUUCAGCCGGAGCUUCAUUUCCGGUGGGGGUGCCGCGCCCAGUGAGGGCCCGGAAGUGGGUCGCGCGAAGACCGCUGGGCGGUUCUUGCCGGAAGUGGAGAGCGGCUGAUCGCAGUCCGGAGGUGAGGCGGAACUCUUAAGCAGGUGGAACAUUAUGGCCGACAUGCAAAAUCUUGUAGAAAGAUUGGAGAGGGCAGUGGGCCGCCUGGAGGCAGUGUCACACUCCUCGGACAUGCACUGUGGCUACGGAGACAGCUCUUCAAAAGGAGCCGUUCCAUAUGUGCAAGCCUUUGACUCGCUGCUUGCCAAUCCCGUGGCAGAGUACUUGAAGAUGAGUAAGGAGAUUGGGGGAGACGUGCAGAAACACGCAGAGAUGGUCCACACAGGCCUGAAGUUGGAGCGAGCUCUCCUGGUUACAGCUUCUCAGUGCCAGCAGCCAGCCGGUAAUAAGCUCUCUGAUUUGUUGGCACCCAUCUCUGAGCAGAUCCAAGAAGUCAUAACCUUCCGGGAGAAGAACCGAGGCAGCAAGUUUUUCAAUCACUUGUCAGCUGUCAGUGAAAGCAUCCAGGCCCUGGGCUGGGUGGCUCUGGCUGCAAAGCCCGGCCCCUUUGUGAAAGAGAUGACUGAUGCUGCCAUGUUUUACACAAACCGCGUCCUCAAGGAGUACAAAGAUGUGGAUAAGAAGCAUGUCGACUGGGUCAAAGCUUACUUGAGUAUAUGGACAGAACUGCAGGCUUAUAUCAAGGAGUUCCACACCACUAGCCUGGCCUGGAGCAAGACGGGGCCUGUGGCAAAAGAACUAAGUGGAUUGCCAUCCGGACCCUCCGUUGGAUCAGGUCCCCCUCCACCCCCACCAGGCCCACCUCCUCCUCCAGUCCCUACCAGUUCCAGCUCCGACGACUCUGCUUCCCGCUCAGCGCUGUUUGCACAGAUUAAUCAGGGGGAGAGCAUCACACAUGCUCUGAAACAUGUAUCUGAUGACAUGAAGACUCACAAGAACCCUGCCCUGAAAGCUCAGAGUGGUCCAGUUCGGAGUGGCCCCAAACCCUUCUCUGCACCUAAACCCCAAACCAGCCCCUCCCCCAAACCAGCCCCAAAGAAGGAGCCAGCUGUGUUGGAACUGGAAGGCAAGAAGUGGCGAGUGGAAAACCAGGAGAACGUUUCCAACCUGUUGAUUGAGGACACUGAGCUGAAACAGGUGGCUUACAUAUACAAGUGUGUCAACACGACAUUGCAAAUCAAGGGCAAAAUUAACUCCAUUACAGUAGAUAACUGUAAGAAGCUCGGCCUGGUGUUUGAUGACGUGGUGGGCAUUGUGGAGAUAAUCAAUAGUAGAGAUGUCAAAGUUCAGGUGAUGGGAAAAGUGCCAACCAUUUCCAUUAACAAAACAGAUGGCUGCCAUGCUUACCUGAGCAAGAACUCCCUGGACUGUGAGAUAGUCAGUGCCAAAUCUUCUGAGAUGAAUGUCCUCAUUCCUACAGAAGGCGGAGAUUUUAACGAGUUUCCAGUCCCUGAGCAGUUCAAGACCUUGUGGAAUGGGCAGAAGUUGGUCACCACAGUGACAGAGAUCGCUGGAUAAGCGAAUGCCCG